CACCGAUCAACAAAGCCGAAGACGUCGGCUCUGUCAUGUUGAUCGGUGAUCCGCGAGGAGAGCCAGUAAUCAUCAUUCCUCAGAGGGGGCAUGUACACUGAUCAUCAGGGCACUCAUGAUAAGUGUGCCCUGAUGAUCAGUGUAGCCCCAUCAGUGCCACCUGUCAGUGUCCAUCAAUGCAACCUGUCAGUGCUCAUCAAUGCCACCUGCCAGUGCCACAUCAAUGCUAUAUAUCAGUUCCUACCAGUGCACAUCAAUGCCACAUAUCAGUGCCCAUCUGAGCUGCCUUUCAGUGCCACCUAUUAGUGUCCAUCAGUGCAACCUUACAGUGCCGGUCAGUGCCGCCUAUCAGUGCCAUAUAUGAGUUCUACAUUUCAGUGCCCAUCAGUGA